CCGUGGAGUGCGGGUCUGACACGGAUUACCUGGAUAACGGCUUAGAGGCUGGGUGGGCAUCAACCGAGGAGAAACAGAAAAGGGAGCGUUUCUUUGAUUCUUUAAAAAUUUUCCAGAACACACAUAAAAGUUUCACCAAGUUUCUUUUGAAUGGGACUGUUUCCCUGGACUUCAGCCAUGGCGAGACGGUUUGUUCACUUGCUGCAUUUGUUUUUGAUUCUGGAGUCCAGCUGGGGUAAACUCGUAUCUGAGGAUUUUGGUGAAGUCGUGCGUCAAGGUGCCGAUGUCGCAGCGCCUGUAUAUCAGCGCGUCUUGGCGCACGAAAGCGCAAACCGGGACAUGGUCUCCAUCAACAUGUUCAAAGUGUACGAGAAGUACAGUAAAGAGCCGCAGAGCCAGAGGGACGGAAACACCGUGAGAAGUUUUAAAGCUGUCCCGAGAGUUUCACAUGGCAAGGAAGUGUACCAGUUCAACCUGUCCUCCAUCCAAGACUCAGAGCUCAUCCUCUUCGCAUCUUUUCACUUCCUCUACAAGCGGCCCCGCCACCACCAGCGACCGUGGCGUUUCCGAAGGCCCCGCCACCCAUCCGGCGUCCUCCAGCAUCCCCAUCCUUCUUCUCCACAGCUCCUCUUCCAUGGAUCAUCUCCAAACUCAGCUUUUGCAACACUGCUGGGAAACAUAACUCUGACUCCUUUCAAGAAAGGCUCUUGGCAAUCGAGGGAUGUAACUGCGGUAGUGAAACAUUCCAGGGAUGUCAAAGAGCUGGUGGUAACGGUGGAGUUUGAUAUGGAGUUUGGGGCGCCUCGGAGGAGCCCCUACGGACAAGAGCGCCUCUCUCCAGCCAACCUGCCGUAUAUUCUGGUAUACGCUGACGAUCGAGCUAUAGAUGAGCCAAACAGCGUGGCUAUGUCACUCCAGCGGUAUGGGCCUUUCCCUGUAGGGGACGAUGCAUCCUCCUCAGCCUCAGCCUCAAGGAUCCGGAGAGAGCUUCAUCUCCAGAUCCACACAAAUGAUAUCCCACAAGUCCAGUUCAACACCUUGAAGAAUCAGGAACUGUGGCAGAACACAUAUUUCCCAGCUAAAGCCAAAGCAGCGGUCAAACCAGGAAGGAAGCAGGGUCAGGAGAGCAGCGAGGGCCUGAAUAAGCCACAGGUGCUGAGCUUCGAUGAGAGGACGAUGAAGAAGGCCAGGAGGAGACAGUGGAGCGAGCCGAGGGUUUGCUCCAGGAGGUACCUCAGGGUAGACUUCGCUGACAUCGGCUGGAGCGAGUGGGUUUUGGCGCCAAAGGCAUUUGAUGCCUACUACUGCGCCGGGACCUGUGGGUUCCCCAUCCCUAAGGUGGUGCGGCCCUCCAAUCACGCCACCAUCCAGAGCAUUGUCAGAGCUGUGGGAAUCGUCCCCGGUGUCCCUGAACCGUGCUGCGUUCCAGAGAAGAUGAGUCCUCUCAGCGUCCUUUUCCUCGACCCAAACAGGAAUAUGGUUCUCAAGGUUUACCCUGGCAUGUCUGUGGAUACCUGUGCCUGUCGAUAGGGCUGGAGCCACGGGAGCCUCCAGAACUGCAACUGUUGGAUCUGAAAAACAGUCAGAAGGACGUAACUGUAGAUUGAGCAUACAGCAGGAAGACACUUUUUCGAUUAAAGGACAAUUGUGGUGAAACACACCAGGACAACUGAGAGAAACUGGAACUAAAAUGAUAUGACUGUCAGGGCUGCACUUCCCAAGUUUCCUUCUGAAUACCUUUUUUUCUGAGAUCUUGGAAUUGUUUGUUUGACGUUUAGGUUUUCCCACUUAUCUAACAGUUUUAAUAGUCUUUUUGCGUUUGGUCCACAUUCAUUUAUUUUUCCCCUUCUUCAAAAAUAGCUGGAUGUUGGGUUUCAUUCAGAGCUCCUGCAGGUAAAUUUCCAUUGAUUCCUUUCAGCUGUUUUUUUUUUCCUUUUUUGUUUUUGCUUCCAUUUUACAUUUGGAAAGAUUUAUAAAGUGAUUUAUGCCUGUUUUGAUUUUGGAAAGCACUUGAUUUGCUCUGGUCUCAGUCUGGACUGAACUGGACCUGGUUUUGGCAUCUUCUCAGUCUCCACUUGACUACAGCUCUGUGAGAGAAACCUAUACAGCCCUUUAGGCUUGCUUUUGAUGAGCUCAGUGCCUGAAAACCCUUUGAGAACAGUAUCCUGUGCUGCUUGCCAUCUUUCACAUUCAGCACAGACAUAUGGACAAACUGAUGAACUGCACAUGGACUCAGGAGGGUUUUGGACACAGGUAGAAUGGCAGAACAUUUACAUUCCACCAAUUAACCAAAUGCAGCUACUAACACAAACUAAAUGGUAGUUUUUGUAGUGGUGUCCCUUUAAGUGACACACUGAUGUCAUUGAACACCUCCCAUAUAUUAGCAAGAAAUGUUAUUCAUGCAUGAGGGGUAGUAGCUUCUUUGAAAUAUAUUUCAGUAGUCAUUUGUUUAUAUCUUGUAUAUAAUGUGUGUAUUUUGUCACUGGGAACAGAAGCAUUGUGUUGCAUGUUUCUACUACAGCAUAGAGAAGAAAAUGGUGUGCUGCUGCCCCCUGCUGUGCAUUUUGGAAAAGUUGAAGGUACUUCAUAAUUAACAAAUCAAGAACUUAAAAGUAUUUCCAGUGGCUAUUUUUCCCUAAUACAUAUAUACUGUUUAUUCAAUAAGACAUGUACAGUUUGUUAUAUGUACAGUAUGAUAAAAGAUUUCCAUAGUAAUUAAAAAGGGAUAAAUAUAUCUAACCCUCUAACUGAAUGGUUAAAAGUGCAUUUGAAUAAUUUGAUGUGUGCUUUAACAAACCACAGACAUAAUGUAUUUGUGGUAUAGAAAUAAACUGAAUUGUACAUACAGCCAAAAAUACUGUUGGCUUAGGUUUUAUUUUUAAAAAGUAUAUAAGCAUAGACAUAGAUGUGUACAUUUGACAUAUACCUUACCGUAACUUACUGUAUAUCAAUAUAACAUACAAUAAUAUUAUAAUAUCAACCAUACAUUUACAUUAGAUAACAAUACAGUAGAUUACAGUGAUGUAUUGUGCUAAUCUUGCUUUUGUUUUGUUGUUUUA